AUGUUCAAGACUCUUUUAGCAAUUGCUUCAGUCGCAGCAUUGAUUGUUGCCGCACCACUCCCAAGCCAGCCGGCUGAUCAGGUAUCACAACUCGACGACGGUUUCGGCCACAUCGAGAACAUCAUCAACCACAAGAGAACGUGGUCAACUUUUGAUGCAGUAAAUAAUCUCGGCACGUCCGAAGACUUUACUCACGCAAUGUCCGGCUUCGAGCAGCUCGACAACAAGCUUAAAACGGACAGCGCUGAGUCCUGCGUCGAGUGGACUACUGGAUUAGUCGACCAACUAAGAAUAGCAGUCAAGGGCUGCGUCGACAACAUAAACGCGUCGGACCAAAGCAACAUCCAAGCAAACGGUGACGCAAUUGCGGGGCUUUUAGCCAGCGAUCUUGGUCUCUUGGUUGAGAGGUCCGCACCAAAAUUAGAUGCACUCCUCAAGUCCAAUGUUGAUGUCGCACGUUUGGUGCAACCACUCGACGUCGAAAUCAAGGCGCUUUUGGAUUUACUCAAUGGCCUCAUCCCAGACUUUAGUGUCAGAAUUGUUACCCAAUUAAGAGCAUCAGGCUACUACGAGAUUUCAACACUUCUUUAUGCUCUUUUCCAAGGCCACGUCGGUGGUUUCUUGUCAGGACUUGUCGCUAAUGUGGGCGGUGUGCUCGGCAGUGUCCUCAACAUUCUCAGUCUCGGUGGUGGAAUUCGAAUUGGUGGUGGCUUACUUGGUGGUGGUGUCGGUAUUGGCAUUCAAUUAUAA